AUGGAUGUGAAAGUAUGCGCCGUUCGAGCGGAAGGGGAUGAUUUGGCAGAUGAUGAAGAUGAGCAGAAGAAGAGAGAGUUGAGUGAGACAGAGGAGAACAAGAAGCAACAAGGAGAAGUGAAUGCCAUGAUGAAGGAAGAUGCGCAUAGUGCAUGUCGUCAGCAGGUGGAGAACAAGACUGCUGAGGAGAAGUUGGAUGAACAAGAACUCGUGGACAUGCUGAUGGAAAUGUUCGAGGAGAAUGAGAAGAUUGUCACGGAGAGCCCAAUGAAGAAGAAGCAGAAGAUUGAAAAAGAAGAGAGAUCUCCAGGCUACACAACAGAAGAGUCAGGAGAUGUGGAAGUAGAGGUGAAAGGCAGUAGCAGCGAUGAUGGAGCCGAGAGAAAGGCUUGGUCGCUGGGAGAAUUGGUGGCAGACGAUGCAGAGUUUGUCGAUCCAGAUGCAUUGGAUGUGGAGAUCGACGAUGUUAAGUACACGAAGGACAACAAGUUGAAGGAGCUGCAAAGCGCAUGUAUUGAAGAGGAGAAGCAGCUGGGUACGGCAUUGUACGUUGCCGAGCCUGAGACGAAGGCAGUCGUUUGCAUCCCAGAGAAGGCUGGAGUCAAGCUGACUGGAGUGAUGCAUGUGUAUCCAUGGUCCUUUCGACAUGCUGCUUGGCUGUUGACAAGAUACAGAGUGAUCAGUGGUGCCACCUCCUACGAGAUGAUGACUGACAGAAAGUAUGCUGGAAAGGUGGUGUUGUGGGGAGAAGUUGUCCUGUUCAAGGACGUGGCUUCAUUGAAGCAUAAAGGAGAGCCAGUCUACAAGAAAGGAGUUUGGGUUGGAAAGAGUGCAUGGAGCGACAGUCACAUCUGUUUGACAAGAGCAGGAGCUGUCGAAGCCAGGUCCAGUCGAUCAUUGCCUGAACAAUUCGAUGGACAAAUGCUGGUAGCAUGCAAAGGACUUCCAUGGCAGUCCUCAGUGCAAGGCAUCUUAAUGAGGGCACGAUUUGAAGCAAGGCAGAGGCUGGCAGCGCCUGAAGAAGAUGCAGCAGGUGAUGAGAAGGUUGAAGAUGAGGCAAGGCAGAUUGGUGAGCAAGUCGCCUUGGGGCUUCAUGGCCGUGGAGGUGGAGAUCAAACCCCUGCGCUACCUCAGACAGCACGAACACCUGGAAUGACACCGGCACUAUUCACACCGGGGUUGAAGACACCAGUGCCGAGGACUCCAUUACCAAAGGUUGCGAAGAAGCCUGAAAGCGCUGGUGAGGUGGCAGAUGAACAGGCGAGAACCACGUCUGCAUCGAUGGCCAGUGGAGAGUACAAGAGGCCAGCGAGACUGCCAAUACCUAAGGCUAUGCAAGGAGAACCAGCAAAGAACUUCAUGACCGAGGAUCCACAGGAGAGUCCAAAGAGACAGAGGAUUGCAGAGCCCGAUUCAAAGAUGCCAGAAAUGCCAUUCCUGAAGGGAAGCAUGAAGCGUGAGCUCUUUGCCAUGCCGUGGGAGAAGGAUGAUGAAGCUGCAAGCCCUAAGAAGCGGAUCAAGAGCGUUCAGGAGAUGUUUCCAGGAGGAGAUGAACUGGAAGCUGAGAAGAUCUUGCAGGGUUGCUUGCUGUUGGAGCAUGGGCAAAGAGGAAAGAGCGUGCUCAACACCAACGAGGACAUCUAUGAAUGGAGUGUGGAUGACAGCAAUCAUUUGCUGGAAGUGAUGUGUGAUGCUGCUGGACAACGAGACACCCGCCGUUCAGUGAGUUCAGUGCAGCUGUAUUUGAACGGUAGCCUCAUGGAGAGCUAUGUACGUCAUGAGUUGAGGGAGAACUACAUCCAAGUGUUGAGAGAGAAGGAACGAAUGGCCGUGAAUCCGAGUGAGAAAGACUUGGAGAUUGAAAGGUUGAAUGAGGAUUUGAAGCAGGCCAAGGAGGCCAUAGCACUAUGGGAAGCAAGCCACAAGGAGUUGAAGCAGGAAGCCAUCGCUGCAUGUCAGGUUGCGCGAGAUCAGCCCAACGAGAUCCAGCUGCAGUGCUUUCAAGGAGUGCUUUCGCCACCAGUCUUCAGUUGUGGGCGAGAAUGUGGGGAAGUGGGUUUCAUCGAGCAUGCAGUGCCAGAAGCACUUGUGCGAUGUGUUGGUAUGCAGUACAAGAAGGUUUGCCCUUUGUCUUGCUCUGCGGGCUUUAGACCCAGUGCUGAUCUGUUUUGUGGGCAGCUUGGCUGGCAGCAAUAUUUGCCGUCCGACCCAACUGCACCGCUUGCACCGCUGCCCUCGUGCGAACGCGUCACCUGCAGCUUGCCCUUGCCCUCGGUGCCGGGCUCCGACCAGGCAGCUGUGGCCUCUGGGAGGUUGUGCGUCACUGCGAUCGCUGGCGACAACUGUUCAGAUGUCCAAUGUCCUUUUGGGAGCGUCCUAUCUGGACACUUUCAGUGUGGAGAUUCUGGUUUAUGGAGGCCAGUCCCUGCACCUGGAACCAGCGAGGUGAAGUGCGCAGAGCAGCUAUGCCCAGAGAAUUCCCCGGCACCAAUACAAGGAGAGUCCACUUUCUGCCUUGAGAGGGCCAUUGGGUCCACAUGCCCUCUUACCUGCCCCAAUGGCUACCGCAGUACCAGUGGCUACAUCUGUGGGAGCGAUUCGCAAUGGGUUCCACUUCCUGGCCCUGCUCCGGCAUGCUCACCAGGGACCUGCGACACUCUGCCAAGUCUGGGAAACGCUCUCUUUUCGGAGGCCUGCCUUGGACUUCCUUCCGGUGGAACUUGCCAAGGUGAGUGCAUUCCUCCCUGGCAACCAUUGGGACAGUACCGCUGUGAAGCUGAGCGUUGGGUAGAGGUCCCUCUUUGCCUUCCACCAGAGAUGUCAGCCAAUGCCAGCUUACCAACGGUGCCAGCAGUGACAUUCAGCGCUUUGCUCGAGCCCUCCAGCGACUUGCAAGACUUCUACAGCCUUGACGAGUGGGCCCUGCUUUCUGAAGGGCCCAUGGAACAAUCGGUGAGAAGACUGGUGACCGAAACUGCUCCGGCCACCUCUCCAGCGACGGUUCGAGUCAUUGGCAAACGAGCGGAAGAGGCGUCCUCUGGACAGGCUCGUAGAGUUCAGAGCGUGGCAGAGUUGAAACCUCCAGCCUGGCUCGUGGAGUUUCAUCUCCUCAUUGCUCCGAAUCCUGUUGCAGCGGCUGGCCAGCAGGUGAUGGCAGCACUGAGGCAACUGCAGCCAGGGCAGAUGGCGGAGGGUUUCGUCCAGGCGCUCCCAGCCGUGGCGCGGCCGGAGGUCUUGCGCCUCACAGCUGCAGCGCCUCAGCAGGUGUCUUUGCCAACUCCAGCUGCUGAAGCGCUGGCCCAACCAGACGGGCUCGUGUUGACCACCACAACCACCACAACCACACAGCCGGUUUGGACUCCUGCCACCCAGCCAAGUGAAGGGUCGAAUCAGUCGGGGAGUGGUGAUGCCAAUCUUGCAGAUGACACUGGCUUUGAUGCUCGUUGGAUUCUGCUGAUCAUCUCCAUCCCGUUGGCCUUCGCGCUCGCCAUUUUCGUAAGCCGUAGCCUGCGCCGCUACUUCACUGCCUCCCAUGAGACGGUGACUGAGGCAGACAAGGUGGACUUUCAGUAUGUCUUGAGGGAGGAGCGCCUCAGCGAUGAUACAGCCGGUGACGUGAGCCUCAACCAGGUCAAGGGCCAUGAGCGGAGGCAAACGAUGCGCGCGCAGCGUGAAGAUCUUCAUGCCGCCAUGACCACAGGCAUUUUAGAAGCUGCUGCCGCAGAGGUGGAAGCGGAGACAGAGCAACCGGAGGAUGAGGAGCGAACGUAUGACCUUGCAAAGCUGGGCGACCAAAAGCAGAUGCCGACGAUAGGCCUAGGCUUAGAGACUCUUCAGAAUCCUGAGAGACGUCAAACGCAAGCCCCGGAUUGUAUGGUGGAUGUCAGGAGUUUGCGACAAGGGACCGGCGAGAUGAUGGUACGCUCACAAACCAAUUUGACAAAAAGGGAGAAGCGUUCCAUAUUCAAGAAGGCGCUUUGGGCGUGUUGGGCAGAAGUAUGGUACAGCUUUCUCGAGGCGUUCCCGCUUCUAAACAAAUGCUGCCGUUGUGACAAACUGAGAGUUCGGGUCAGAACAGUGAGGGAGAGAGAGAGAGAGAGCGAAAGCGAAACAGUGUUGUAG